AUGUCUGAAAGAAUUUCUAUCGGAAAUAUUAAAGACAAAAUCUUAAAGUACACAAUGAUUGAAGAAUCAAAGGCAAGACUAAGGAAGGAAUCAAAGAAUAUAAUAACAUUCUCUGAAGCUGAUUCUGAGAAGGGUAAAAUGGUAGAAGAGGCAGAGCCAAAAUUGCAAAAAGAACUCAGGGUAAUAACACCAUCCAUUCAAUCUAAAGAUCUGUUGACUCCAAGACUUGACAGCAACACUAAGCCAACUUCCAAUCUCUUGGAGAAAGGUGAACAUUCAAGUUCAUCGCAAAAUUUUAUUGUUGAUUUUUUACCUAAGCAAGAAGUGAAAAAAUUUCUUUGUCUUUUUUGUAACAAGAAAUUUUCAUCUCCACAAGCUCUUGGAGGACACCAAAACGCCCAUAAGCGUGAGCGUGACUUAAAAAAAAUGGAGCAAAAAACAAAUGAAGAAGAAAUGAAUUCUGUCCUAAGUUAUAGACCUAGUUUUGUAUACUCUUAUCCUCAUUCAGACCCUAUUCACUAUCAAGGAUAUCAUUCUUUCUGUAGCAACUUGCAACACCCAAUCAACACUCAAAUGAAUAAUAUCGCCCCUUCUUGGCUUGGUUCUCCAUCUGAUGGUUAUGGAGGGAUGUAUAUGCCAAAUACACCUUCUCCACCACCUCCACUGGUGAUGCAAAUUUCAAAGCCACCACUCACACCACUAGACUUUGGAAUGAUUGAUUUUUUGGGUGGAAAUCAAACUUCCGCAAUGUCCAUUACUCAAGGGAAAAACAUUGUAGAAUUGGAUUUUUUUGUUCAAGCUAAUCAAACCCCUUCGUCUAAUGAGGGUACAAAAAGAAAUUCAGAUGCUCAAUUUUCUUCUUAUGACCUUUCAAUGAAAACUCAUGAUUUUAUUGGAGGAAGUCAACUUCUAGCAGAGACGAAUGUGGGCUCAUCAUCAACAAGUGAAUCAACAUUGAAGGAACUCGACUUGAAUCUUAAACUUUAA